AAGAGAGAGAGAGAUAAUAAAAGCAAGCAAGAAUGGCCAAGAAGCUUGUUACAUUGUUUCUCGUGUGCAUUGUUGUUGUUGCAGCAAUGCGCGUAGUUAAAGCCGAUGGUGACGACGACAACGACGAUGACACCCCAGAAGCAUCCUCACCCACGGGGGCGCCUUCUUCUGAUGAAUGCUUCAGCUCUUGCAAGAAGGGUUGCAACCCCAAGGACAGCAGCGACUCCUGCGAAAUGAAGUGUGUGGAUAAAUGCACCGACAAAGACGACAAAGACGACAACGACAAAGAUGACAAAGACUCUUCUGAGGAACAAGAUGAUUGAAGUUUGACGACCAUCAAGAUAGAGGGGCAGCACAUUAAAUUAAUUACCUUAAAGUAGUGUAAGAAAAUCACUUCUUUUUUUUUCUUUCCCCCCCUACUGCUAUGUAUUUUUUAAAGGAAAAAUAAAAAUAAAAAUAAAAAUAAAAAAAUUUAAUUACAUUGAUUAUAAUUAUUUAUUCUCGCUUUGUAUUUGGA